AUGAGCGACAACGGGAAAACAUUUAUGGACGCCGAUCGCGCUAUACAACGCGACUUCGUUAAAUCCCUUAACGAAUGCUCUGCCGACAUAAUCCAAAAAUAUGCUCCUCAAGGCAUAAAUUGGCACUACAUUCCUCCCAGCACACCCCACAUGGGUGGCUUAUGGGAAUCAGCAGAUAAAAGCUUUAAAAUUCAUCUCAAAAAAACCGCUGCCUCCCAUAAGUUUACGUUUGAAGAAUUUACAACACUAUUAGUGCCAAUUGAGGCAGUUCUCAACUCGAAACCUCUAUCAGCUAUCUCGCAAGACACCGCUGCCCUCACUGCACUUACUCCUGGUCAUUUUAUCCGAGGGGCACCGCUUAUGGCGAUCCCCGAGCCAAACGCAAUAGACCUUUCAUUGACCAAUCGAUGGGAGAAGAUUAAAAUCCUUCGCCACGAAUUCAGUCGACGCUGGAAGGAGGAAUAUCUCAAAGAUCUUCAGAAGAGAUACAAGUGGAAGAAUCCACAGCGAGAUCCUCAGCCAGGCGGGGAGUAUGUUUAA